CUUAAACAAAACAUAAUCCUAACGUCUCUCCAAAGAUUCAUCAAAACCAAAAACCCUUCAAAAUAAAAUCACACACAUCAGCUCCACUCCCAAUCUCAGACUCAGUUCCACAAAUCUCACCCCUCACCUACUACUGCUACUACUUUCUCACUCUACUUUCUCUCUCUAGAAUCCAUUAACCCAAAUGCAACACAACCCAUCAAAAACCCACUCUUGAUUCACCAAUUUUAAGCUAAAUUUGGCAACUUUUUUCAGUUUUGUUCAUACCCAGUUCUUGUUUUUGCAGGUUAUGAACAAUAUUUGUGAAUGAAACCCAAUAAUUUGCUACAUUUUGAGAAUCACCCAUGUAAGAAUUAUGAUACGCAGUUGUGAAUUUGUUAGGCAAUGUGAGAAUCAAAGUAAAAAGGUUGGAUCUUUUUGCAGGUUAUGAACAAGAUUUGUGAAUGAAAUGCUGCAUUUUGUUUAUAUCUUGUGUAAGAAUUUUGAUACCCAGUUGUGAAUUUUCGAGGCAAUGUGAGAAUUAAAGUAAAAAGAUUGGAUAUUUUUUUAGGUUUUUGAAGUUUUGUUAAGUUUUAUUAGCAAUGGUGGCUGCUAUUUCUAGUGAUAAUAUUAACAAAACCCUAACAACAAGACCUCCAUUAGAGAAAGAUCAGCAAAAUAAUGGUAAUGUUCAGUCUAGAAAACCUAGAGGCAAACAAGUUCCUUCUAGGUAUAUGUCACCUUCACCCUCUUCUUCAUCUUCUACAACUACUACAACUACAAAUACUUCAACUAGUUCAAAUUCUGUUUCAUCUGCUUCAGUUUCUAAGAGAUUUGGUUCACCAUUGGUUUCAAGGUCUGCAAAUUCUGUUUCUGCUACUAAAAGAUCCCAAUCUGUUGAUAGGAAGAGACCAGUUGGUUUGUCUAGGCCAUUUACAGCAAAUCCUGAAGCUAAACAAGCUGGUAGUGAAAUGUCAGCUGCUAGUAGAAUGUUGAUUACUUCUACUAGGAGUUUAUCGGUUUCGUUUCAAGGUGAAACUUUUUCGCUUCCUAUUAGUAAAGCAAAGGCUGUGUCUUCUUCGUCUUCUUCGCCAAAUGUGGCUCGAAAAGCUACUCCGGAAAGGCGGAGAUCGACGCCUGUUAGAGAUCAAGGUGAUAAUUCUAGAGGUUUGGAUCAGCAUAGAUGGCCCGGGAGAAGUAGAGAUGGGAAUUCGGGUUUGAAUGAGAGGAAUCAUUUGUUGUCUAGGAGUUUUGAUUAUAAUGGGAGUGUGGGAUCUGGGUUGAUGACUGUUAGGUCGUUGCAGCAGUCUUUGAUUAAUGAUGAGAGAAGGUUGAGUUUGGAUUUAGGCAAUGCUAAGCAAAAUCCAGAUAGUAGUUUAGUGAAUGAAUCGUCUGGUACUGGUGAUCUCAGUGCUUCUGAUAGUGAUAGUGUUUCUUCUGGAAGCACUUCGGGUAGGCAUGAUUUUGGUAAUGGGAUUUCGAGAGGUAAUAGUGGUGCUCGUGGAAUUAUAGUUUCUGCAAGAUUUUGGCAAGAAACUAAUAGCAGGCUGAGACGGUUGCAGGAUCCUGGUUCGCCACUAUCGACCAGUCCCAAUCCAAGAAUGAGUGUUUCUUCAAAGACUGUUCAAUCAAAAAGAUUUAGUAGUGAUAGUCCUACGGCAUCUCCAAGAACAGUUAGUUCUUCACCUAUUAGGGGAGCUACAAGGCCUGCUUCACCUAGUAAACUGUGGACCCCUCCGGCUUCAUCUCCAUCAAGAGGAAUUUCUAGUCCUUCAAGAGUGAGACAUAUGAAUGGCAAUUCAGGAAGUACGCCUUCAAUUCUUAGUUUUUCAGUUGAUUUAAGGAGAGGAAAAAUUGGAGAAGAACGAAUUGUUGAUGCACAUAUGUUGAGGCUUCUGUAUAACCGUUACUUGCAGUGGCGGUUUGCAAAUGCAAGGGCAGAUGCUACAUUCUUUGUGCAGAAACUAAAUGCAGAGAAAAAUUUGUGGAACGCUUGGGUCACAAUUUCAGAACUACGGCAUUCUGUUACUCUUAGAAGAGUAAAGUUAUUGUUGCUAAGACAAAAGCUGAAGCUAACUUCUAUCCUCAAGGGACAAAUUACUUGCUUAGAAGAAUGGUCUCUUCUGGACAGAGAUCACUUUAAUUCUUUGGAAGGAGCAAUGGAAGCUUUGAAAGCCAGCACUCUCCGUCUUCCAAUUGUCGGAAAAACAAUAGCUGAUGUUCAAAAUCUGAAGGAUGCUGUUGGUUCAGCAGUUGAUGUGAUGCAUGUGAUGGCGUCCUCUAUAUGCUUGUUAUCAUCGAAGGUGGAAGAAAUCAAUUCCUUAGUGGCCGAACUUAUGAAUGUAACUGCAAAAGAGAAAUUUUUGCUCGAACAAUGUAAAGAUUUCUUGUCCGCAUUAGCGGCAAUGCAGGUUAAGGACUGUAGCUUGAGAACGCAUCUAAUACAGUUAAACCGACUACCAGCAAGCUGACAACACGUGUGCAGAACUGAUCUCUCACUUGAUCACUCACUCUAAAUGCUAACAUUACACCGAAUCGCUUCUUAUUUUUCCGCAACGUGGAGGUGCAUCGGAAGGUAAAAAAAAACGUGAAAACAAAUAGCUAGUUUCAUUCAUGUAUCUUUAUAUCGUUAGAUAACAGAAUGGAUUCUUCUUGCUAAUUUUCUGUAUAAAAAGUUCAUACUUGCCUUUUCCAGCAAAAGGAAAUUAUGUAAUGGCUAAUGAGUAGUGUGUAUAUAUAGGUAUAUGUUAUGUUCGCGGCU